UUUUGCUGCACAGCUGCAUUCCGUGUUGCGUUUGUAUACUUUUCGCAAUUUUUGUGGCAAGUAAAUAAUACAGAAGGUGUGCCAUGGCUCGAAACAGCAAUGAAAACAAAGACGACAACAUCGAUCCAGCUUCCGUGGCCUCUAACGUCAAAAAUACCUUCAAACAGGACGUCAUAAAGGAGCUUCUGAACAGCUCUUUCGAAGACAACAAGACGAAGCUGGGCAAUGAUGCGUUGUCUCUGGUUGUGGAAGUGGCCAAAUGCCUUGUUACGGAGACUUGUCUCCGUGCCUCGAGCCAGGCACUGCGGGAAUCUUGUGACAAAGUUGACAUUGAGCAUGUUGAAAAAUGCCUACCGCAGCUGAUGCUGGACUUCCCAUAAACAAACCCAAACCCUCAAGAAACUUCCAACCCAAUUUUCAGUUGUGACUCAAGUAUUGAGGCCUUAACAAGAUAAUAAUUUUACUGCAACUUGGAUCUGCGGUCUGACUGAUUUACA